AAUGUUAUUACUUAUUGCCAUAUCAUGAGAUUUAUAUGAUUUAUAAUUGGAUACAUUUCAUAUUCAAUACAAGAGUUAUGCAGUAAAUAAGAACUCGUAAACUAUUUAUUUCUUACAUGUUGAGUAUAUUUAUUAUAUUAUAUUUGACUCCUUGGGUAUUGAGUUCUAGUUGGGUGUAUGCAAUAUGGACAAUAAUACACAGAACUAUUUUCCUACAAAUAACAUAUAUAAUUAUUCACAUCCAAAUUAUGAUUAUGGCUCAUUCAAUGAAUUUGCAGCACCAGGUCAGCAAUUUCCUUCACAACCUUACCAUGAUCCUUGCACAAAUUUUUGGUGUGAUGCAUGUGAAAGAGGUUUUCCAAAUAAAACAAUUUUGCGGAAACACAUCAAUGAACAGCAUGGUAACAAAUCAAGAUCUACAAACACCCCUGAAGAUAUUGCAAAGUGGAUUAACGAUCGGAAACGGAAAUAUCCUAGUACUGAAAAUGUUAUAAAGAGACAAAAAAUCAAGGAAGAAAAAAAGAAACGAGGAGAGGUGCUAACUUCAAACUCACUUCGGAAGAAUAAUCGUCAGGGGCAUAAUAAUAACAAAACUGGUCUUAAAACAGGACCAAAAAAAUACAAUAAAAGAGCACCUAGACAUAAAAAAUUAAAAAUAGCAAAUCAUGAGGUAUUAGAAAACAUUAGCAAAGAGAAUUGGAAAGGCGAUUUACCACCUUUUCCAGGAACAAAGACUUUGUUUCAAGAUGAGAGUUCUAAUGAGGAAGAAGAUGAUUUAUGUGAAAGUGAUGAUAACAUUCAAAAUGAAGAUGAUGAUAAAUUCAGUGAUGAUGAAUGGAAAGAGCAAGUUGCCGAACCUGUUGAAAGCAUUCCAAUAAAAAAUGCGUUAGGAAUGCUUAUGAGCAAUUACAGUUGUUCAUCUGAUGAAGAAGAUAAUGAUAAUCAAAUUUCUAAGAAUAAAACUAUGCAAGAAAACAAAAGUGUAGUUGUGCAACAAAUAAAAAACACAGUUGAUGACAAACAAAAUACAUCAUUAAAUGUAAAUGAAAAUUUAAAUAUACCUCUAAGCACACAUGAAAGUGAUGAUGAACCACCCGUUGAACAACCUAUUAUUCAUGCUUGCAAUGAUCUUAAUCAAACCUGUGAUAAUGUUGACUCGAAUAAAACCACUGCAGAUAUAAUGAAAGAUGAUACCAAAGAAACAGAAAAAGCUGAAGGCACCUCAAGAAGGCGAAAAAGACAUCAUAAAAAUAAUUCAGAACCCAAUUCCAAAAAAGAUAAUACUGUAAAGGAAUACAAUAAACCUAAAAAAGUUUAUAGGAAGGAAACGCUUUUAGAAAUGUUGUUAAGGAAUGAAAUCAGACAUGAAAGAAAUAUUUUACUUCAAUGUGUUAAGUAUAUAGUGGACAGUGAUUUCUUUGGACUAAAUAAUAAUAAGACUAUUCAGAAAACAGAUAGCCCAGAAAAAUGUAGUGAUACUAAUGAACAAAAAUCAUGA